GUCUGACCACGAAAGGCAAAAAAAAAAAAAAAGACAGCGAAUUUUUUUAUUUUUUUCCCUCCGACUUUAUAUAAGUUCUACUCCAUAACCCGCUCUCCCUGCAACUUACGCUCUUCUUCAAAUGUCCACACAGCCGCUCACUCAAGUCAACGGUAAGCGCAUUGCCCUUCCCGUGCGCGUCGAACCCAAGGUCUUCUUCGCCAACGAGCGUACUUUCCUCUCAUGGCUCAACUUCACGGUGGUUUUGGGUGGAUUGGCUAUCGGCUUGCUUAACUUUGGUGAUCGCAUUGGCAGAAUCUCGGCUGUCUUGUUCACCUUCAUUGCCAUGUUUGUCAUGCUUUACGCAUUAUACACAUUCCACUGGAGAGCAACCAAGAUUCGCAACAGAGAAGCUGCUCCUUAUGAUGAUCGCGUUGGGCCUACUGUUCUUUGCAUUUUCCUUUUGGCCGCUGUUAUUGUCAACUUUUAUCUCCGUCUAGCUGACAAAAAGUAGAAAAGUAGUCUGUCGAUCAGAUGCUAUCAAGCACAUUAAUACUACACGUUUUCUGUGUACAUGCAGAUGUUUCCAUCUCUGUUCUUUUUCUUCGUUCUAUCUUUUAUAUUUCCGCAUUCUCCACCAUGUUCACAAACUUUGUACAGCCUUUUGGACGUUUCAUCGUAGGCACUUUUUUGCAUCUCUCAAUCAAAAACUUUUUUCUUUCUCUUUACUUUGCUCCAAAAUCUGAUAACCGAUCU